CAGGCACCACCCACCCAUGGAUAGCUAAUGUACCAGCGACAGUUGUCUAAUAACUCCUCAGCAAGCUACAACUACCACAGUGACCAGUCUAACAGUGGACCUCAAUCUCUAGCAGUGUCGGGGUAUGAUCACCAGCCAAGAUAUGUAUCACCAGGUUAUAGCCAUGAAGCAGCACACUCACACCCUCCACACCCUCCACACCCUCCACAAAGGUCACACUCUUCAUACAACUCCCACUCUUCAUACUCUCCACAAGGAUCACACUCUUCGUACAACCUCCACUCCUCACACUAUUCACACCCUCCACAAGGGUCACCCGCCACUUACAAGGCGUGGAACUGCCAAGCAGCUACUGCUUACAGUCCCAAUGCAUACCAACGUACCUCACACCAAAACUCUCUGUACGAAACAGCUAUUCAUUCAUCGAGAUCGAAAGUUGUUUCAUCCGCCUACCCUCACACCAUCCCCUAUCAUGAGGACAGCACUGCUGAAGAUGUACCUGAAGUGAACCCAUACGCCAUUGCUGCCCAGCGUGUACCUGAAGUGUGUCCGUACGCCAUUGCUCCAUACUCAUCUUCUGAGGAGAAUGACAGUGACAGUGAAUCAGGGACCAAAUCUCUUCCAUCGCCUCCCUCCUUCCACCCCUCCCUCCUAAUUGAAGAGAGUGUCCGUGGUGUUGAUGAGGCUCUUGCUAAGUACGACCGUGAUAUCCACAUCAUGAACCACCGUCCCCAGAGAGGAGGAUCAAUCCCCACCGACAAGCAAGCUGGGAUGAGCGAGGAAGAGAAGUACCAAAUGCAGGUACCUUGUAGUCACCCGGUGACCCACCCAGUUGACAAGGACAGCGAUUAUUUCCCUAUCUCCUCAAACUUCCCCAGGCCAGAUCCUGAGAUGGUUGCCAAGCAACACGAGAUGUAUCAAGAGAUGCUGAGUCAGCAAUUGCCCGAUACCCCCCAGGAAGAUGAGAUCAUUCAACGAAGUAUCAUGGCUCGUAGGGACCAACUGAAAUAGCUGCCAAUAUUGUGGUUGAUGAAUCAGUCCAGCGAAUUAAACUGAUCGACUUUGGAUCAGCAGAGAUUAUUGAAGAAAGAUCAACUUCACAUGCCAAGACGUUCUCAGGAUGGUCAUGUCUUGGGGCACUGAGCUAUAAACCU